UACAUUCAACCAAAGAAAAUCUGAAGUGUGUGUAUUUGACUGUAUUUGUUUUUCUGGCUGUGAAGUGUUCUACUUCAGUGCAAUAAUAUUUUUCGAAGAUAUGAUAAUUGUGGAAACACACAUACUUUAUUGACAUGACGUGGCAGAUGUUUAUAACUGAUAUUAUUAAAUAAACAGAGAGCUCGAUCUUCAGGGAAAGUAAACAUGACGUACGGCCGCCAACUACGGUCUUCUGCUGUGAAUGUGCAAUAUAAAUCCUCCUUUUACCACACUUCCCGUACUUUGCCUGAUAUUUUAGAGAGGUGACUGCAGUGUUUCCGUAAUACAUAUACCAACAGCCUCUUCAUGAGCGACAAGCAGAAACUUCUAAAUACUGGACGUUUGUUCGAAAACCAAUGGGAAAUUGUUUCUCUUGCUUCAAGGGCCCUCCGCCUCCAGUUCCGUCCACAAACGGUCCCCUGGAGAAAGACAAGGAAGAGAUCAAGGAACUGACGGGAGUCCUUAGCUCAGCUGAAGAUAUUAAUUGCUCUCCUUUGGGUACUGUGGAGACACAAAUUAAUGGCAACAGCAAAGGAGCAGGCAUUCCCAGCUUUGUCGUUGGAAGUGAUAAUUAUGGCAGCUUGCACCGUGACAAAACAACUCGGACAUUUUACCCUCGUAUUCCACCUUUGAGUCGCACAUCUGGACUUUCAAGUAGUGAAACAAAAGGAAGGGAACCUUCAGAGUCAAAGCUUAAUGUCCUCUUUGACCAGUAUAGAGACAGCAAUGAGGAUUCUAUUCUAGCUGAUGGAAUUGAGCGACUUUGCAAUGAUCUCUCUGUCUCGCCAGAUGAUUUUAAAGUGCUGGUGCUCGCAUGGCGUCUAAAUGCUGAGCAGAUGUGUCGAUUUACGAGAUCUGAAUUUGUGAAUGGAUGUCGUGCAAUGCGAGUGGACUCUGUACGUGCUAUUCAAGCAAAACUCCCAGAAUUGGUCGCUGAUGUUCUGAAGGACCCUGAAAUGUUCAAAGAUUUGUACCGCUUUACGUUCAGAUUUGGCCUAGAUGCAGAGUCAGGUCAGCGUAUAUUACCGUCCGAUAUGGCCAUUUGUUUGUGGCGUUUGGUGUUCUCUGCCUGUGAGCCACCAAUUCUUUCGCGGUGGCUUUUCUUUUUAGAAAAUCACCCCCAUGUGAGAGGAAUUCCUCGAGACACUUGGAAUAUGUUUCUUAAUUUCUCAGAAGCUGUGGGUGAUGACCUCAGUUCAUAUGACGACACUGAGGCUUGGCCAAGUCUCUUUGAUGAUUUUGUUGAAUUUGAAAAUGAUAAACUGAAUCAGAAUAUAUCGAAAGAUAAAGAAGAAAUAAUUAAACAAGACUGUGAAUAAGCAAGUAACUUGAUUUAUUACUGAAAACUUUGGAUUAUUUUUUUAUUAAUUUAUCACAUGUAAGACUGAUGUUUGCUUAGGAUGCCAUGCUAACUCUAAUUUUAUUGAUAUAUAUAUAAUAUAUAUAUAUAUAUAUAUAUAUAUAUAUAU